AUGCAAGGAUUUUUAAGAACUCAAUUAGCGGUGUGGCUAUUCAUUGUCACAGCAUGGGCUAAAGAUUUUAAUGGAGGUACAACAGUUGAUUGGGGUGUGCAAAAUGUUGGCCUUGGUGAUGUUCACAUUCACUCUGGUGCCAUCUGGUCUAUCAUCAACAACGCAGCAUCUGAUUUUCAUGGGAAUAUCAAGGUUGAUGCAAACAGUGGUCUUUAUGUUUCCAGUGUUACGCCUCGUGUUGCCUUGUCUGCUACUUUGUUCGAUCUGAUUGUUACGCCUCGUGUUGUCUUGUCUGCUACUUUGCUUGAUCUGAUCUAUGGUUUUAUUAACGAUGGGGUUGUUUCCUUCAAUGCAAUCAAAGGUGCUCCCGGAUAUGUGUUCAGAAUUAUGGGUAACAAGUUUGAAAACAAUGGUGACUUGUUCUUUUCAGCUUCAGGUAAAGGAUCUGUGGAGAGUGCUAUAAAGAGUACCGACUGGCAUAACAAUGGGUUGAUCCAUGUGUACCAGCUGAUGAAAAGUGACAGUUACACAUUCUUGGGCAUGGAUGCAAUGACAGCUACCAAUAAUGGCCAAAUUUGUUUCACCAAUCAAAACUAUAAGCAACUCGCAAGCUUGAUGGGAACUGGCUGUGUUACUGCACAAGGUAAAUCUUCGUUUUACUUUAUGAACACCAAUUUACAAAUUUCUGAAGGCCAGAUAUUUUACUUGACUAACGGUGAAACAUCUAUCAUGGCCGUUGGAUCAAUCAACAAUCCUCAGACUUUCCAUGUAAGAGGUUUCGGAACAACCAAUGGUCUUGCAAACAAAGUUGGAUUGACAGCUACUUUAUCGUCCCCGGUGCCAGGAAGGGGCCCAUUCACCUACGACGCCGAGAAGGGUAUUUUGACAUUGUAUGUCGGGUUGUAUUCACAAAGGUUUGAAAUUGGAACUGGGUACGACUAUACUAAAUUCCAAGUCGUUAGUGACAAAAGCAGAGGUUUGCCAGGUAUAUACUUGGGUGCUGUUCAAUACAACGGUCCACCACCAAAUAAGGGCGUGCCUCCAGAAUGUAAGCCAUGCAAGUCAAUACCUCAGAUUCCUGGAACGGGGCCAGAGGAGGCAGUCGAUAUGCCAGUAGUACUUUCUGACACAUCUACAAGCUCAUCCACAGGCACAAGUUCAAUCCCAACCUCAAGUACAACUUUGAGUCCCACUAUGAAUCCCACUCUGAGUCCUACUUUGAGCCUAACUUCAAGCUCAGCAUCAACCCGAGAAAAAUCUACCACGACUACCACAGGUACAACCACGACCACAGAAACAAAAACAAAGGUAGUUACUGCUACUUGGACUGUAACAAAAUCAGNAGGGAUCAAUCAGGAACCCUCAGACCUUCCAUUUGGAUUGAGAACUAGGUUAUCUUCGCCGGUGCCAGGAAGAAGCCCAUUCACCUACGACGCUGAGAAGGGUAUUUUGACAUUGUAUGACUCGUUGCGCUCACAAAGGUUUGAAAUUGGAACUGGGUACGACUAUACUAAAUUCCAAGUCGUUAGUGACAAAAGCAGAGGUUUGCCAGGAAUACACUUGGGUGCUGUUCAAUACAACGCUCCUCCACCAAAUAAGGGCGUGCCUCCAGAAUGUAAGCCAUGUAAGUCUAUUCCAGGCAUCCCAGGAGUUGAUGUCCCAACUCAACCAGACAAGACUACUGAAAAGACUCCAGACAAGACUACUGAGAAGGUUCCGGACAAGACUACUGAGAAGGUUCCAGAUGCAACCAAAACAACCUCUACUGAUAAACCCGGUAGACCAGGCGUUGUUACAGUUACAGAUAUAGUCACAGCCACAGUCAUAGUAACCUCAACACAUACUACCACCGAUGGACGUGUUGAAACCAAGUCAGGUGUUGUUUCCCAUUCUGACAGUUCCUCAAGUACUAUUAUUACAUUUGAGUCACCAACAUCGUCUGAUUCAGGCGCAUAUGAGCCAACAAGAAAUACUUCUGAACCAACUAGCGCUUCUGAAUCAGGUGGUAAUACAUCUGAACCUACUCGCAACCCAAGUGGUGAUACAUCGAAACCAACUGCCAACACAUCGGAACCAACCGGUAAUCUAAGUGACAACACAUCUGAACCUACUGGAAACCCAAGUGGUAGUACAUCUGAACCAACUGGUGCUGUUUCUGAGUCUACUGGAAAUACUUCUGGAUCUACUGGCGGUGCUUCAGAGCCAACUGGAAACCCAACCGGAAACCCAACUAGCGGUGCUUCAGAGCCAUCAGGAAAACCAACAGGUAACCCAACCGGAAACCCAAGUGGAGGUGCUUCAGAGCCAUCAGGNGAUGUGGUUUCUAUAUCAUGA